AUGAGAGUGUUGGAAGUUUUACCACAGGGAUGCCAGCCCGGAAGAGCAAUGUUGUCAGGAACAUUCCCUCACGAUGUCGAGGGUUUCUGCUACCCCCUAACUAUGGAAGUUGGAUACAAAAGUGUCGUGGGGUUGGAUGCAGUAAAAGGACUGAAGAUGAAGCAGGAGCCUAACCCUCGACCGUACAAGAGAAGGAUAGAACAGAAUAUAAGAACCUUAAUAUUAAUAUCGAAGCUAGGCUCACUGAUGACCAAUGCAGACAUAUCCCUCUACAAUGCCCUCAAAACCAAUCUACGACAUAUCAAUCUUUCCAAACUUUCGUGGCAUGAUCCAGAGGCAAAUAUGAUUAUUUCCAACGAUUCAACAUUAGUAAAAAAUUUAGGGGUGAGACAGAAGCAACUUUUUUUAGAGCCCUUGCCAGAUGUGCUCAUGAACAUUGUACAUAACAAAAAAUGGAAAGAGGGGGAUGUUAAAUUGUUAGAACGAACAAAUCGUAUAUUAAGCAUUCUGGAGGGAGUAUGGAACAAUCCAGCAUUUGCAACUAGCAAAAUGCAUGGUUCUCAAAGUGAAGGAACUUAUAUCACAGAUAUCAUUGUACCUUUGCUUCAGGCCAGUUUGGAUGAUCUCCCAAAUGGUAGUAUUUGUAUGAGCACUGCGGAAUGUCAGAGUAUAGCAAGUAAGGUCCGAAAAAGUCUUGGGGUAAAUGAAGAAGAGAGUUCACACUCUCCCAGAGUGCCGAUAGGGAAAAAACCCAAUGUUAUGGUGAUGGAAAAAUGUGGGGGUAAGAUUUUUGAACUUGCUUAUGUGGAAUCUUCACAGGUCAUUUGCACUAAUUCAAAAAAAGAGGAUGAUUCUAUAAAAUUGUGGAGGGAAACCCUAGAUGGAAUAAGUCUUGUCAGUAUUACUUGUAGACCAACAAGUAAUCAAUUUGGUAUUGUUGGAAUUCAAGUGGCUGGUGAGGAUUUAUGUCUAAACGUUUUAGUGAGAGAUGCAAACGGGAUACCACGAUAUUUCCAUCUUAUCCAAGCUCAAAUACCUUUUACAAAAAGUACUUCAUGGCAUGUGAAGCCUCUUAUUCAUCUAUUACUGACUUUGAGAAAUAUUACAAUUGUAAACAAAAGCUUACUAAUGCAGGCAUUGAAGCAUGCUAAUACACAUCCACCCCGAAAUGCUAAUCUGAGUCCCACAGUUUCUUCACCAUUAUACGAUUAA